AUGGCCGUCGGGAAGAACAAGAGGAUUUCAAAGGGAAAGAAAGGAGGAAAGAAGAAAGCAGCCGACCCAUUUUCAAAGAAGGAUUGGUAUGUUGUGAAGGCACCAUCUGGCUUCACUAACAGAGAUAUUGGUAGAACCCUUGUCACCAGAACCCAAGGAACUAAGAUUGCUUCUGAGGCCUUGAAACAUCGAGUUUUUGAAGUAUCUCUUGCUGAUCUUCAAAACGACGAGGAUCAUGCCUUCAGGAAGAUCCGCCUCAGAGCUGAGGAUGUGCAAGGGAAGAAUGUGCUGACAAACUUUUGGGGGAUGAGCUUCACAACCGACAAGCUGAGGUCUCUGGUACGCAAGUGGCAGACACUUAUUGAAGCCCAUGUGGAUGUCAAGACCACUGAUAAUUAUACCCUCAGGAUGUUCUGCAUUGCAUUCACCAAGCGUCGUCCAAACCAGAUCAAGCGAACAUGCUAUGCCCAGAGCAGUCAGAUCCGUCAGAUUCGUAGGAAGAUGAUGGAAAUUAUGGUCAACCAGGCUUCAUCUUGUGACUUGAAAGAUUUGGUUCAGAAGUUCAUCCCUGAGGUGAUCGGCAAGGAGAUUGAAAAGGCAACAACUAGCAUAUACCCAUUACAAAAUGUCUUCAUCCGGAAAGUCAAGAUCUUGAAGGCACCCAAAUUCGAUCUUGGAAAAUUGAUGGAGGUUCAUGGUGACUACUCACAGGAUAUUGGUGUGAAGGUGGAGAGGCCUGCUGAUGAAACAAUGGCGGAGGGGAGACUGAAGUCGUUGGAGCUUGAUUGA